GUGGUUGAGAUAUUAUUAGGUCAGACCAACCCCUUCCUGCUGACAACGCUAGGAUGGCCAAAAAAAGCCCAGAGGGUUCGUGGAGUGCUGGGAGGAGAGGAGGUUUGGUGUGGAAGCAAGAAAAAUGGCCAGCAAAGUGUUGGAUCUGUUAUACUGGCGAGAUGUGGGGACCACCGGGCUGGUGUUUACAGGUUUGGUUGUGGGUUUGGCUUGUUUGUUCCAGCUCAGUGCCAUCACAAUCCUGUCCAACCUCGGAUUGGGUAUUAUGGCCUUCACCCUCCCUGUACGCUUUCUUUACAAAGCUAUGGCGCUUGUCCGCCUCAGCGAUGGAUCGCAUCCCUUCCAGUCAUAUUUGGAUGAGGACCGCACGCUGACAGAUGAGGACACAGUUCGCAUAGCGGAACAAAUCGUUCUGCUGAUUGCUACGGCUGUCACCGAACUGAAGAGGCUGUUCUUCAUCGAUAGCAUCAUGGACUCAGUGAAGUUUGUUGUGUUCCUGUAUUUGUUGACCUAUGUGGGGGUCCAAGCUAAUGGUCUCACGCUGGUGAUGACCGGUGUGAUAUGUGCCUUCUCUCUGCCACUGUUAUACAGACUUCAACAGGAGAGGAUCAACAAGAUUGUUAAAGCAAUCAAAAAACUUGUGGAAAAAAUCACCGAAAUAGUUGAUCUUGUGGUUUCACUGGCCAAACCUCCCCCAGCCCCAGCACCUUCCCUUGCCCCCACACCAAAACUUAAACAAAAGACUAAAUGAAGAGGAGGGAGAGCGAAAUGGGGGUGAGGAGCAGAAAUGUGGAGUACACUGAACAAACAAAGUCUUACGGUGCAGCUGCAGCCCCGCGUGUUAGGCAGGGUCGAGGAUUGGGGGUUAUGAACGAGCGUUAUGUUUUAUAGUACGUUUCUUAAAGGAUUAGUUCACUUCAGAAUUAAAAUUUCCUGAUAAUUCACUCACCCGCCUGUCAUCCAAGAUGUUAAUGUCUUUCUUUCUUCAGUCGAAAAGAAAUUAAAGUUUUUGAGGAAAACAUUCCAGGAUUUUUCUCCAUUAAGUGGACUUCAUCAGGGUACAACGGGUUGAAGGUCCAAAUUGCAGUUUCAAUGCAGCUUCAAAGCUCUCUACACGAUCCCAGCCGAGGAAUAAGGGUCUUAUCUAGCAAAACGAUCUGUCAUUUUCUAAAUAACACAAAAAUGCAUAUACUUUUUAACCACAAAUGCUCGUCUUGCACUGCUCUGCGAUGCGCCAUGCAUAUAAUAUUUCGUAAUCAGGAUGAAAAGGUCACAAGUGACAAGAGGUCGCGUUAGACUUCUGCAUUGUCCUUCAUUUUGACGGACAGGGUCAUAAAGAUUCUGACAAUCUAUUAUUACCCAUCAUUUUAUUUUUCAUAUUUUAAUAAUAAGAAGCUAUUUAAUUGGCUCUGUUUUUGUUCACAUUUUUACUUUUAUUCACGGAUUUACAGGACAAGCAUUUAGGCUAGAUUAUGCAUAUUUAAGAAGAGAAAGUUGAACAGAGACUGUGGGUCACUUUUCAGGUUUCAUCAUGAUAUUUGUCCAAUACAUCGCAAUAAGCAUUGUGCUUAAGUCUCAGAUUUCAAAUUCUGUCCAUCACAAAAUUCAGACAAUAUAUCCUUUUGGCGCUCUUUAUGUGGCGCGAGAGAUCACAGUUUCAUGCGAGCCAAAGUGAACGCGAUCAUCCCUUCCUCUUUACUACGUUUCAGUACGAAAUAAACAUAAAUGAACAUCAGAAAUAUGUUGAAAGAUACAACACAACUUACCGAAAUCCAUGUAAUCGCUCAAUCAGUGUUUCAACCACGAAAAGACCUCAAUAAAACAGCAGUAAACAAUGUCACGUAACUCAGAAAAGCCAUUCGUUAUCCAUUAACUUGAUAGUCAGCAAAAGUCCACUCCACCAAGUGGACAGGGGUGAGAAUUACAGUUACAAGUUACAAUAGACCCUCAGUGUAAUCUAUCAAAAUGACGGACAGCCUUCAGAUUUUUCCGUCAGCGCUAAUUUUUUUUGUCAAUGACGGAAUUUCUUAAUUAAUUUCUUUUCAUCUGAAGAAAGAAAGACAUAAACAUCUUGGAUGACAUGGUGGUGAGUAAAUUAUAAGGAAAUUUUAAUUCUGAAGUGAACUAAUCCUUUAAGAUUCUUCACUAGGUCUUCUCAAAAGAAUUAAGCAAAAGGCUUCUUCAAGAAGCACACUUAAGUCAAGAGAAGUCUAGAUGUACACCUAUUGUAUUCAUUUAUUUUCACUCAAACUGUCUUUUAUAACUAGUAAUUAUAUAAAGCUGUGCAAUAUUUAUAGUUGUUGGUUCAUUUUGCCUGACAAGGCUUUUCUACUGAUUUUCAUAGAAAAAGUUGAACCUAGUUGCUAGUAUGUUUUUCUCCACUAGAGGGUACAAUGCGACCACACAAUCACAGCAGUUCUCCGUCAGAACAGUUACAUAAAUUCUGUCAUGUAAAUUUGUUUAACAUUUUUGGAGCUUACAGUUCCCACUGGGAUUGUUCUCAUAAUUUGGGUUUUAAUAUUUAAUACUGAAUGUUUCAUGUUACAAGGCAAUUCAAAACUAAUUUAUAAGUCACUUUAAAACAAGUUGUUUUGCUUCUCUGUCUUUGUACGUCUUUUGUGCAACAUGACCCCCAGUAAACACGUGUUUUCAAUGUUA